AAGUAAUACGGCGCCAUGUCAACAGCCGAAGAGCGGGGGGCCGGACCGAAGCCGAGAGCAGAUCCGCCGCCACCACAGGGAAUCUCUGAUCCCCUCGCAGAUACCGCGAAUAGAGCUGGUCCACGCGUCGUGAAGAUCAUCCGCAGAUACCGGUACAGCACCAGGAGCUGGCACACCCGCAGCGGCCCUGAUGAUACCCCAGGCAGCUUUGCACCUAUUGGGUGCCCGGUCAAUCAGCUCAGAGUUGUAGCGCAUCCUGGCCGCACGAGCAGCCCGCUGCAACUGCAAGCGAGCUACAGCUCGUACACGUGGCCAUCCGCUCCUGUGUUGGCCUGGUUCCUGUGGGAGCACCGCUUGGAGUUGCCCGGCAAGCACAUAGUGGAGUUGGGCUCGGGAACAGCGUUGCCAGGUAUCCUAGCAGCCAAGUGCGGCGCCACCGUCACUCUCACCGAGAGCGCCAUCUUGCCCAAAAGUCUGCAACACGUGAGGCGCUGCUGCGAAGUCAACGGCCUCCACUCCAACCAAGUGCGUGUCAUCGGCCUCACCUGGGGCCUCUUCUUGGCCAACACCUUCAGUCUGGGACCCAUCGACCUCAUCAUCGGAUCCGACUGUUUCUACGAGCCGUCUGUCUUUGAAGACAUCAUUGUCACUGUUACCUUCCUACUCGAGAACAAUCCUCAGGCUCGAUUCUUGUCUGCCUAUCAGGAACGAUCUGCCGACUGGUCCAUUGAGCAUCUCUUGCACAAGUGGAACUUGCGUUGUGAACAUAUUCCUCUCAACAGCCUGGGUGCCAGUUCGGGAAUCGACAUCAACGAGUUGAUGCAAGAUCAUACUAUUCAUCUUCUUGAAAUCACCAGAGCUUGAAAUGGCCUCUGCUGCAAGGAACCUGCACAAGAUAUUCGUUGGAAACGUGCCAUGGACUGUAGCUCACAACGAGCUGAAGCAAUAUUUCUCGGAGUUUGGUCACGUUAGCAAUGUGUCCGUUGUGUUCGACCGUAACACUGGCAUGUCUCGUGGCUAUGGAUUCGUAACAUUCAGCCAUCAGAACGGAUUAGAUGCAGCCACCAGUCGCCAGAAGCAUUUUCUCGAAGGCAACACUCUGUUUCUCCAGCCAGCCUCUAAUAACUAGUGUACGUGUGUAGAACUGUCAUUGUAGUAGGAUUGUUAAUUUUGUUUGCUUUUUAUAUUUGAAUUAAAAUGGCGGAAGCUGAGGAUGAUUUGGAAGUGGAGGAUGAUGGCUGCGAGGAAAUGGACCCCAAGUUCGUAGCCGCCACAAUCCAUGUAAAUAUCAUUGCACCGUCGUUGAAUUCUACACAACUUUUGAAAUUGUACGCUUACUUCAAACAAGCCAAGUCUGGUCCCUGUAACACGUCUCGGCCUAGUUGGUAUGCUAUGGAGGCCAAACAGAAAUGGGAAGCCUGGAAUAGUUUGGGAAACAUGAGCCGCGAGGAAGCCAUGAAUAACUAUGUAAUGUUGGUGGAAUCGUUCGAUCCAGAAUGGAAAUCGAUAUCGAGUGAUAUGUCUGAAAAUAGUAGCAACCAAAAUUGGAUCUCUGUCAGUACUAUGGCCACAGAUGAUACUCCCUUAGAUGAUUCCGACAAAACAGUGUACGAUUGGGUGAAAGAAGGUAACUUUGACAUGUAUAAAAAGUUUGUGAAGAACGAGGAUAUCAACAAUAUCGAUGCUGAUGGUUUGGGGCUGAUACACUGGGCUGCUGAUCGGGGAAAUCUGGAAGUGAUCAAACAUCUUAUCAGCAAUUUGAAGGCUGAUAUCGAACUGCGUGAUGAGGAUGGUCAAACGGCAAUUCACUAUGCGGCGUCUUGUGGCCAUUUCAAUGUGCUCAAGUUUCUCAUCGAUCAAGGCGCUCAAAAGUCUGUAGAAGAUAAUGAUGGCGUCAAACCCAUAGACAUUGCCACUGAUGACAAAAUCAGAAGUAUACUUUAUAAUAGUUAGUUAUUAUUAGCAAGGGUUGUUUAACUGCUCAUGUAGUGUAGAAUAAAAUAUAUUAAUCAUGGAGAUUGA